GAGCACCAUGGCUGCCACGGCUACCUCCCCUGCGCUGAAGCGGCUAGAUCUGCGCGACCCCGCGGCGCUUUUCCAGACGCAUGGAGCGGAGGAGAUCCGCGGGCUGGAGCGCCAGGUUCGGGCCGAGAUCGAGCACAAGAAGGAGGAGCUGCGGCAGAUGGUGGGCGAGCGGUACCGUGACCUGAUCGAGGCGGCCGACACCAUCGGGCAGAUGCGCUGCUGCGCGGAGGGGCUCGUGGACGCCGUGAAGGCCACCGACCAGUACUGCGCCCGCCUCCGCCAGGCCGGCUGGGCCGCGCCCCAGCCAGAGCAGGACCUGCAGCCACAGCAGCCAUCCCAGGAGAACUUCUACAGCAUGGCUGCCCAGAUCAAACUGCUGUUAGAAAUUCCCGAGAAGAUGUGGAGCUCUAUGGAAGCCUCGCAGUAUCUCCAUGCCACACAGCUGUACCUGCUCUGCUGCCACCUUCACAGCCUGCUCCAGCUGGAUUCUUCUGGUUCUCGGUAUAGCCCUGUGCUCUCACGGUUCCCUAUACUUAUCCGGCAGGUGGCAGCAGCCAGCCACUUCCGAUCAGCUAUUCUACACGAGAGCAAGAUGUUGCUUAAAUGCCAGGCGGUGUCUGACCAAGCUGUAGCCGAGGCUCUGUGUUCUAUAAUACUCUUAGAAGAGAGUUCUCCUCGCCAAGCCCUCACAGACUUCCUGUUGGCCAGAAAGGCAACUAUUCAGAAACUUCUCAAUCAGCCGCACCAUGGUGCUGGUAUCAAGGAUCAGAUCUGCACAUUGGUGGAAUUGCUGGCUGCCACGCUGAACCAAGCUCAUGCCCUUUUCUACACUAUGCCAGAAGGUCUGCUGCCUGAUCCAUCCCUGCCGUGUGGCUUGCUCUUUUCUACUCUGGAGACCGUCACAGGCCAGCAUCCUACCGGAAAGGGCAUUGGUGUCCUGCAGGGGGAGAUGAAACUCUGCAGCUGGUUCAAAUACCUGCCGGCCUCCGUCGUUGGGUUCCAGCCGGUACUGCGGACACUCGCACAUCCUAUCAGCCAGGAGUACCUGAGAGACAUGCUGCAGAAAUGGAUCCACAUGUGUAAUGAAGACAUUAAAAAUGGGAUCACCAAUCUGCUUAUGUACGUGAAGAGCAUGAAAGGUCUCGCCGGGAUCCGAGAUGCCAUAUGGGAGUUACUUACCAACGAGUCCACUAAUCAUAAUUGGGAUGUGAUUUGUCGGCGCCUUCUGGAGAAGCCACUUUUGUUCUGGGAGGGUAUGAUGCAGCAACUGUUCCUUGACCAAUUACAGACCCUGAUGAAAGAAGGCUUUGAGUCCAUCUCCAAGAACUCCAAAGAGCUCCUGGUGUCAGCUCUGCAGGAACUUGAAAGCAGCACCAGCAGCUCCACUCCAAACAAGCACAUCCACUUUGAGCAGAACUUGUCUCUCUUCCUCUGGUCCGAGAGUCCUAGUGACCUGCCUUCCGAUGCUGCCUGGGUCAGCGUGGCAAACCGGAGUCAGGUGGCCAAUAGUGGCCUCUCCAUGAAAGCUCAAGCUGUCAGCCCUUGUGUCCAGAACUUCUGUUCAGCCCUGGACUCAAAACUGAAGGUGCACCUGGAUGACCUCCUGGCUUACCUUCCCUCUGAUGAUUCGUCACUGCCCAAGGACAUUUCCCCCACACAGGGCAAGAGUUCUGCCUUUGACAGAUUCGCAGAUGCAGGGAUGGUGGAGGACAUGCUGCGGAUGCACUCGGUGGCCUGCAUCCAGCACAUUGUGGAGUGCAUCCAGGCGGAGCUGCAGAGCAUUGAGGACGCUGUGCAAGGGCAACAGGACGUCCUGGACAGUGUCAAGCUGCACGCGGUCCUCUUCAUGGCCAGACUCUGCCAGUCCUUGGGAGAACUGUGCCCCCACCUGAAGCAGUGUAUAUUGGGAAAAUCAGGGAGCGCCGAGAAACCACCAAGGGAUUCCAGAGCACUGAGAAAACAGGGAAAGGGCAAGACUCAGGAGAUCCUUCCCACACAGGCCAAGUGGCAGGAGGUUACAGAAGCGCUGCUGCGGCAGAGCGUGGUGGGCUACCGGGUCUGGAGCUCAGCGGUCGUCCGAGUUUUGAUUCAUGGAUUCACCCAGUCAUUACUUUUAGAUGAUGCUGGCUCAGUCCUGGCCACAGCCACCAGCUGGGAUGAACUGGAGAUUCAGGAGGAAACGGAGUCUGGUAGCAGCAUCACAUCCAAGAUCCGACUCCCUAUACAGCCAUCCUGGUACGUACAGUCCUUCCUGUUUAGUUUAUGCCAGGAAAUUAAUCGGAUUGGAGGCCAUGCCUUGCCAAAGGUGACUCUGCAGGAGAUGCUGAAAAGCUGUAUGGUUCAAGUAGUAGCUGCCUAUGAGAAACUAUCAGAAGAAAAACAGAUUAAGAAGGAAGGUGCAUUUCCAGUAACCCAGAACCGGGCGCUGCAGCUGCUUUACGAUCUGCGUUAUCUCAACAUUGUUCUGACAGCCAAGGCUGAAGAGGGCAAGAGCAGCCGAAGCAAGCCGGACUCCAGAAUCGAGAAAGUUACUGACCACCUGGAAGCACUCAUUGAUCCAUUUGACCUGGACGUUUUCAUGCCACACCUCAACAGCAACCUUAAUCGCCUGGUGCAGCGAACUUCUGUGCUGUUUGGACUGGUCACCGGUACAGAGAAUCAGUUCAGCCCUCGGAGCAGUACAUUCAACUCCCAAGAACCCCAUAACAUACUGCCACUGGCCUCAAGUCAGAUCAGGUUUGGACUUCUCCCAUUGAGCAUGACAAGCACUCGAAGGGUGAAAUCAACCAGCAGAAGUGCUGAAACAAAAGCCCAGUCGGAUGCCAUCCAUUAAGCCCGCAGGAGUCCUCCUGGGUAUUUCUGAGUUGUGUUGUGUACACGUUUGAGAGUUGCAACAAUCUGUUUUCUUACACACUUAGCUGUUGUUUGCUUACUGUUAGACAAAAGAUGAGUGGCGUAUCCUUUCCAUGUUCCCUGAUACCAAACCCAUCAAGAUCCACAGUCCUCAUCAACUAUCUUGUUUUAAAAUUUGGGAGAUCGUAGUAUAACCAAACCAAACCAAACCAAACAAACUGGCAAAAACCACUCACUCCCUAAGCAUGGGCCUGUGCUGUAACUUCCCCAGAACAGUGUUCCAUUCCCAGUGACUGGCCCUCUGAUUCUGUCCUAAUUAGAGGAACAGAACAUGGAAAGGAGGUACAUAUGCAUAUGUUUACCUUCUCCUAGGACAUUUUCAAAUUUUAGUGCUGUCCCAUAAUAAAAUCUCAUGCUGUUCCCUGUGUCCUCUUCCAAUCUGGAGAAACAGCAAAGUCAUCUGACUGGGGCUGUCCGUGUUGCUCAGACCUGCUUGUGUGCUGUGUGGCCUGAGUGGUGUGGCAUGGUGUGGGUGAGCAGGCAGGAGGGCUCGGGUAGACUCUAAGGCACUUUCCUCUACUUCCAAUGGCAGGUUGUCCCCCCGGCACUCUCCACAGCAGGUGACCCGAUGCUUCCUGGCUCCUUGUUCAGACAGCUUGUCAGUGAGGAAGAUGACACGUCUGCACCUUCAUUAUUCAAACUGAGCUGGCUCUCUAGUAUGACUAAGUAACACAGGAACACAUCCAACUCUAAAUAAAUACUAUUAUUUCUUCUAAA